UAGUUUUUAUGUUAAGCUCAGCUGAUCAAUUUGUGCAAUAAUAAUUCAAGAUAAAAGGUGACGACACAAUUUAAGGUUCUUAAAUUCUUUUCUAAAUGUAUUUAUUUGUUUGCAUCAUCACAUUUAAAAAUGUUAAUGUCAAUAAAAUAUCACAAGCUUUCAAUUUAGCUUCUAAAUGUUUACUUAGACGUAGGUUUCUUUCCCCGGACAUUUUAUAAUUGAAAUAUUUGCAUAUCUGGUGUUUCACGUGACAUAUUCUUAUGAAGGCUCUAAAGCCUGUUGACAAAACUCAGCACAGAGAAUUUAUAUACAUCCAGAGACCGAACAUUCACUCUUCAGGUAAAAAAAACACCUGUUUUUGAUUGAUUUUCUUGUGUUAAACUACAACAGUAUGCAAAAAUGUUUAUGUUGAUUCAGUAUUGUUGGGGGGUUGCUGUUGUUUAGCUGAAUUAGCUCUGGUUAUUUAGGUUUAAAUGACCAGAUUGGUUCAUUUACACUUCUUUUUUAUAUAGUUGCAAUAUUAUAUGUUUGAAGAGACACUGAAGAGAUGAAUAACUCUACAGGAAACUUCACAACACCUGAAACAUCUACAAACACCACAUCUCAUUCCCUUGGGCUCGUGGACUAUCUGGAAAUCUGUGUGUACAGCAUCAGUUUCUUGUUUGGUCUUCCUACACACUCCUUUGUUUUAUGGCUCAUCGUCACAAGAACAGCAAGUGGAGUUGCAUCAGAGUUCUUCAGCCUCAAUCUCUCUGUUUGUGAGCUUGGUAUCUGUCUGAAUGGUUUGAUCUUAGUACUGUCAAUGUGGUUUGCAAGUUUAUCAACAUUUAAAUUGUUUUUAAUAGGAUUCUCCAUGGCUGGUCGUCCUCUGUUUCAGUGUCUGAUCUGUGUUGAGCGUUACCUGGCAGUGGUUCAUCCUGUAACCUUUCUGAAGUACAAACCUCUCAGAUAUAGAGUGAUCUGCUGCACUGUUGUCUGGACAAUCACUCUUGGCUCCUGUUUGCUCUGCAUGUUUUUUUUAGGCUCACAAAGCAGAUAUAUAUAUACAUGGCUUUUAUCGGUGCAGAUGAUACUGGUUCUCUCCGUUCAGUUGUUUUGUCUUGUGGCUGUUCUUAGAGCUCUGAAGCAGUCAGGACCAGGAGAGAAAACAAGAGAGAAAGAGGAGGAAAACCACAUGAAGAGAAGAGCGUUUCAUAUCAUUCUAAUAACUACUAUGACUACUGUUAUCAUGUAUGUCCCAAAUACAAUGACAGGAUUCAUUGAAAUUUUAACAAGAGACAGUACUCCGACAGUUUGGUUCACUGGUUCGACUUGUUUUGUUCUGGCUGGUUUUGUGCAGCCUUUUCUUCAUCUGCAUCGUGCUGGAAAACUGUCCUGCUUCUGUUCCUCAUAAAAUACUGUAUGCUGCUGUAGAGUUUUACUUAAUUUACUAAAGCUGACUUGUUGAUAACUUUUGUCACUGGGUAAAUACUGUAUGUUGCAUGUCUGUUUUCAUCAGCUGUCCACUAGAAUUAACACAGACAACAACACUGGGUUAAAUGUAUAACAUGUAAGAGCGUGAUAAACAUUGAUUCCGCUGUAAAUAUACUUGUAAAAACUCUGUCUAAAAGCGCCUACUUGUGAUUUUUAUUCAUUUACGUUAAUGUAUAUUGGUAAACUUAGGAACACUGUUAAUCUCUACAUGGACAUCAUUUAAAAUAAGGCCAUUUUAAUCACAUUCUAGUUUAAGAAGUAAAUAAGAAGAGACAAAACUGCUGUAGCUGAAUGUGGAUUCACUUUUGCACAAUGUGGGAAAAAAAAAUAAAAAAUCAAGUAAUUUAAAGAGGGCCUAAACACAACACCUCAAAACUAUUAGAAACAUAAAAGUAAGCAAUUACUGUAUACACAUACCUAUCACAUACCUUUUAUAGAAAGCAGAUUUUUGUAGAUAGGUCAGUUUGGUUAAUGUGUCUCAGUGUUUUGAGUUUGACCAUUCCAGCAAACUUUAAAGGGACAGUUCACCCAAAUAUGAAAAUUCUAUCACUAAUUACUCACCCUCAUGUAGUUUCAAACCCCUAAGACGUUCGUUCGUCUUGGGAACACAAUUUAAGAUAUUUUGGAUGAAAUCCAAGAGCCUUCUGAUCCUCCACAGACAACAAGGGUCCUUACACGUUCAAGGUUCAGGCUCCAAAACUGAUGCGGAUAAUGUUGAGUAAAAUCUUUAAUUUCUUUUUUUUUACAGUUUCACAGUGCAAACUGUGUAUUUUUGUUUUAAAAUAAUAUACUGAGUUAUAUGUUGUGUGAUGUUAUUUGCACAGUUUGAAUUGCCCAAUCGCGUCCCGCUCUCAUCAGAACAGCUUUGGACUUGAGCGAGACAGGUACAUCGCAAAUGCGCUCUGUAGCAUAGUUUUAAAAUAUAUCAGACUAAUUUAAAAUUUUGGUUUAUAUCAGUGGAUGACAGAUUUUGAUGCUGGAUUGAGUCAAGUAGUGUGUUCUUUUUAUGUAUAUUCUGAGUUUUGUGUUAAUGAGCUGUUUAUGAGUUGGUUCAUGGUACGCGCCAUUUUUAAUGGCAGGUUUUUCCUUUUUUCCGGUAACUUUGGUUCUUAAAUAACAUUAAAAGUGUGGAUUAUGUUCUUAAAACAGUUAAAUGCAGUUAAAUUUUAUAAAAAUUAUAGUUUUGUCUUUUAUAUUGAACAUAAAACAACAACCAUUGCUGCUGAUAUGGCAUUAAGCAAAAAAUAAAUGUAUGAACACUCGCAGGUGCAUGCCAUGAAAUAGUUCCAAUGCAUAUCCUUUGAUCACUGAACUUUUUACCUGACGUUCCACCAAAGUUUAAAAUGCCAGACCCUCAGAAGAAUGCAACGUAAAGUGCAGAAUGCCAUCUCACUAGAUUACGAUUAUAAAACAACCCUGAAAACAUCCUCAGGUUUUUUAAUUAUUUAAUUUAUUUUUUUACAACCUUGGCUGAUCUGAUAUGAACGCAUUAGUAAUCAUGCACCCCAGUCAACCCAACUCCACUCUCAUUUCGUUGCGCUGCAUGAGACUGAAUCUGAUUUUACCAAGUGCGACAUGUUCCUGGAUCAUCUUUUGUUGACCCUGGAACAACAUUGUGACUAACCAAUCAGUUUUUGUGAAGUUUAGGCUUAAAUCAGUGUUUGGUGCUUGUACAUCAGUAUCAUUCAUCUAUCAUUUCCUCUGAUUUUAGGGAUUACUCGUGGUUAAGGUUAGGUUUUGGUGUAGGGAUAUGGUCAAGACUACAUUUUUUUAAUUAAAAUGUUGUUCCAGGGUCAACAAAAUAUGUUUUUUCAACACAACAGUCCCCCUGUGGUGAAAAUCAAGUUUUUUAUGUUGUUUAUUUGUCUAUGUGGUGUUUUUUAUAUGCUUUUAGACAAACCAUGUGCCAAUCCAUUUAUCAACACCAUUGCUGGGUAUUUUCUCCUUAAAACUGUAGUUUCCCAAUGGCAGUCACAGAAACGCGGUUUGAAACGUCACAAAAUUCAAUAACCAAUCACGUCAAAGGAUCCUAUCCUUAGCAUAUCAUUAAAGGUGGGGUAUGUAUUUUUUUCAAAAACACUUUAGAAAACUGAGUUGGGGCCGAGUACCAAAACAAACUUGUAGCCAAUUAGCAGUAAGGGGAGUGUCUACUCAUGAUGGGGGGGAGAGAGCACAGGACGGACAUUAGCUGAGCCGAGUGACGACAGAAAGAUAGAGAUGACAGAUAAAAAACAAAAGAGGAAAACGGAAUGCCGUGCCAUGCCGCAACAGCUAAAGUCUGUCUACACUGGACGCGACAAAGUGACCAUUGAAAAUCAUUUGAAAUUUGUGUCAAUACGUCAUAAAUAGAACGCUGCAGCAGUUUACUGGCGGGAUCCAGUGUAGAAAGCAUUAUUAGUGAUUAUAAUGAGUUCUAUAGUAUUUUGUUGUGCCGCUCACGUCCGAUGUAGGCAUGGUGUUACAAUAAGGCAAGAAGUAGGACCCGUGUAAAUAUUGUAUCAGCUUUCCAGCGCUGGAGAGAACUGAAGGAGCGGGAAGGCCUGCGAUUGGAUGCCGAGAUUGCUUUGUUUCUUCUACCUUUAUGAG